AUGGUCCGCGCUGUGUCUUUCGUUGCCGUCCUGGCUGGCUCCGCCAUGGCCGCCGAAACCACAACCGUCAGCUUCCUCGUUCCUGGUGACAAGUCGCCACUUGUCGGCUCCGUCGUCAACGUCGACUCGAGCGCCACUACCCUCGCCGUGCAUUGUCCGUCGGGCACGCCCUCGGAUGAGUGUGGCCUGCCACAGAUUGGUGCGACCAUUACCCAGGGCGAAUCGACGUGGGAGUGGAACUAUGGCAUGUCCCAAAGCCAGCUGGGGGUUUUCACCCAGAAAGCCAACUGCAAACUCGACCCGUCCAAACACGUCGCCGCCUGCACCAUCGAUGUCACCGCAGCCUCGGAGGGAACCUCUACCCAGACAACUGUAACCGGCUACGAGACUUCCAUGUACCCCGUCACCAUCACCGCCGGCGCCGAAAAGCUCUCUGCUUCUCCUGGGGGAAGCGCCAGGAAUGGCGGAUCCAACAGUACGUCGGCGACGGCGACGGCGGCCAGCACCGCGUCUGCUACCGGAGGCUCUGGCACUGCCGCCGCCACCACCACCACCAGGAAUCUCGCCCCGGCCAUGACGCAAAAUGCUGUCUUGGCCGGCGUUGCCGCUAUUGUCGGUGGUGUUCUGGUCUUGUAA